AUUUCGAUUCUCUGUAUGUAUGUACUGUACAUGUGGAAGAAUUGACAAUAAAGCAGACUUGACUUGACUUGACUUGACUAUCACUUUUAUGAUGAUGACAUUCAACUAUACUCCAUUUGUACACCUGCUCUACCUGCCCAAAUUGACAAAAUCUCUGCUUGUGUGAAAGAGAUAAAAGAUUGGCUUAAUUUAAAUUUUCUGGAACAGAAACAUGGACAAAACUGAGAUCAUUUUUAUUGGAACUCCCACAGUCACCAGCAACAUUUCUACCAAUUUCACCUGUGAGAUUGCUGGCUCUCUCAUCAAAUCAUCUAGUACUGUUAAAAAUGUAGGUGUAAAUUUCGACUCCACACUCUUCUUUCAGUCUCACAUUAACUCUAUCACUAAAUCUGCAUUCUUUCAUUUAUGUCGCAUUGACAAACUCUGUCCCUUCAUCAGUACCAAAGAUGCUGAAACUGUCAUCACGCUUUGAUUACUGUAAUGCUCUCUUCAUUGGUUUACAAUACAUUCAAAACUCUGCUGCUAGAAUACUCACCCAUGCCAAAUGUUCUGCUCAUAUAACCCCAAUUUUGUAUGAUCUCCACUGGCUCCCAGUUGCCUACCAUAUUAAAUUCAAAAUUCUCCUGCUCGCUUUUAAAUCCUUGCAUGGCUUAGCUCCCCCUUAUCCUUGUAAUAUGCUUGUCCCCUACACCCGACUCGCUCACUACGUUCCUCUGACUCUGGCCUUCUCGUUGUCCCUCGUUGUCUCUUAAGUUCUGCUUUGUAUUUGUAUUUUUUUUAAUGCUUGACUCUUUGUCUGUAUGCUGCCCUGUCCAUAUAAUGUUCCUUUACUGUAUCUUUAAUUAUUGUUUUCCAUCAAUGCUUACUCAUAUUAUCUCUUCUUUUGUUAAAUGUACAUUGUAAAGUGUCCUUGAGCACUGGAAAGAAGCUAUAUAAAUAAAACUUAUUAUUAUUAUUAUUAUAGAUGUUUUUCUAAGAACUUGUUCAUGUCUAUUAGAUGCAUGAAAAAAGAAAUACCAGGUUCUCAUUACUUCUCUUUCUUUGCACUGAGCAAUUUAUUUACACAAGGCUGUUUACAUUUUCGCAGAACAGGGCAGCUCACUUCUUCUGAAUAUGAAAAUGUACAUUUAUUAUUACAUUUGUUUGCCUCUCUGUGCCGACAUACUGUGUUCUGAUAGAGCUGUGUUUCUGUUGCCAGACAACAAAAUUAAUAUGAAAUAGUGACUGAAAUGCAACCCAUUAAGACUACAUAACCAGCUCUCCCUUCCUAGAUGUUAAAUAGCCAAAAAAUCCUCAUUUAUAAUCGAGUCGUCAUCUGAUAGAAUCAAAUAGACGACACAUGAGACAAUACAACAGCUGUGAUGUGAUUUUGGGUAUACUUGCAUGUAAAAUUAGAGAAGCAACAUUAUAUCUGUUUAACUGAAAGCGCUGCUUCUCUCUGCCGCUCACUGAACAAUGCAGAUGCACAGAGAGCUCUUUCUCUAGAGAAAGAGGUGUGUGUGCACUGGGACAGCAAGACUUUGCGCAGCAGUACCACCGAGUCUCAGAAACUAAAUAAGGUUUGAGAAAACCCUAAAGAUUUGUUGCUUGGCGUUUAACAAAAAAAAAAAAUGUUGCUAAAAGAGUUGCUAAAUCUAGUGACACAACACUGUGCAUUUCCAUUUCUCCAACUACGGUUAGGCCAUGGAUCAAAACAGAAAAUACCUGUUGCGUCAAUCACACGUUAAUAAAAAAUUAGUGCCGUUAAAAUGAAUUUGCGUUAAUUUUGACAGCCCUAAUUUAGAUGCUCACAGAAAUCUGUUGUCAAUGUCGAGGCACAUUGUUGUCACAAUAGAUGCCUCCAGAUUGGGCUGGCAUGCUGUAUGUAACGGCCACACAGCCUAUGGCUGCAAUGGCAUAUCAGUUGCCUCAAGUUGCUAGUGAUACUGCUUGCCUUAGGCCGGGUUCACACCGCAAUCUGCAGCAGAGCGGAAGCAGCGCGUUAACAGCAGGUAGGCAGAGCGGAAGCAGCACGCGGCUAUUUUGCUUUCACACCGGCAGCGGAGGCAACGUGCAACUGAAAAGCGGAUUUUGGACAGAGUACUCUAUAAUGGUACGUGUUUUUGAUAGAAGGAAGGCCAUCGCACUAUAUUUGUUAUUAAGGAGACUACGAAAAAGACGCAGACUUUGGGUUCAUCCCAUUAACCGACGUAGGAGAGAACAUGGUGCAUAUUACCAUCUUGUCGCUGAACUGCGUCUUGACCGUGACCGGCAUCUAAAGUACUUCAGGAUGAGUGCAGAACAAAUGGAUCACAUUCUUUCCCUGAUUGAAGGCCACCUUUCAAGGCAAACAACAAACUACAGGCAGUCCAUUGAACCUAAGCAGCGACUUGCAGUUAUACUGAGGUGGGUGUGGGGUGAAUAGGCUGAAAUCCAGAUGAUUGUGGGUGCUGGCGACCUCUGGUAUGAUACACUGUGUGGGUUGCUGUUGCUUGUUGCCUCUGACCAUCAUCUUCUAACUCCAGGUCAGCCAGGUAGGUCAUUAUCUGUAUCUGUGCCCUGGUACGGUUUCUGGGAAGCAGCCGGUUCAGUUUUGGAACUAAACUGAGGGCAAAAUAAUACAUUUCGUCCUCCUGUCUGGGAACAUUUGGUGGUGCAGGAGUAGUGGGUUGUGUUAUUAUGUCCAAUAACUGUUGCUCAGUUGUAGUUGGGGAAACUGUUCUUCUCCGUUUCUGUUUGUGUUGUUGACUGUCAGUCACCAGUGCUUGAACCCUGGGAUGUAUAGUGGGGGUAGGGGUGUCAGGUCUCGGAGCUGUUAUUUGUGGUGUGCAGGUGCUUGGCAGUGGUAUGGGGGUAGCUGAUCUUUCACCUGCCAGUAAUGGUGUUGCAGGCCUCUGUAUGGCCGGAAGGGGAUUGAAAGUUGUAGUGAGUUCAGACAACUCUGGCUCCACAUCCUCAUUAGCCACAGUCAUGUCCAGAGGUUCCGGCUCACUCUGCAAAGUGUGUCUGGAACUACAAAUUAAUAAAUAUAUUAUAUUAAUAUAUUGGCACCAACUCGUAUGUAUUUUUUUUAGAUUACACACAAAUAAUAAUGUACUCAUUCUCACUGAAACAAUAUUUUGUAAUAACUGUCCAUAAGAGAAAAUAAAAAAAUAAAUAGAGUAAGAUAUGAGAUCAACAAGUGACAUACUAACCUUCUAGGCUGCAUGUAUGGCAACAGAAAUGACAUUACUUUAUCGUACUUCCAUUCCCUGAUUAUGCCACCUGCAGAACCACUGGGCAAUUUUUUUUGCUUCUUGUUUCUGUUAAAAGCAUCUCUCAACAACUUCCAUCUUCGCUUACAGUCGUUCACUGUAAAACACAUAAAUGUGUAUUAAUAUGAGAAUUUAGACAUGUAUAUACACUGCAUAUGUUAUACAGGGGGAAAAAAAAGACUUAU